AUGACAGCCGGUAGCUAUGCCGCUAAGGGGCAUUGCCGGAAACGCCAGCGAGCAGACCCCGAGACUACGCCAGGUCCCCCAACAGUUGAUGAGACAGACCUUGAGGAAAAAUCAGAUCCAGGAACUUCGGUGUCGCCGGAAGGAAUUGCAGGCGACACCGCUGGCUCUGCCGAAGCCGGCCACCCGCAUCCUCGCCUUGCUAAUUUGCCGUCCGUGCGCACCGUGAUAGACGGAGUGCUGUCACCGGAGCUAUGUCGUGAACUGAUUUUUGUGUUCCGGUCCAGCAGCACAGUGGGCUACCGGCCGCAUGUAUGUUCCGCGACAAUACACGAUGUGGCCGCUACUGCGCCCUGGUUGCUGCCUCCCCUGGUCCGCGCCCGCCAUGCCGUACUAUCGGCCGUAGAGGCCGCUUUCGGUCUCUCCCUGGAGCUGGCGGUGGAGUUCACGGGCCUUAUUGGCUGGUCCAGCGGCGCCGCACUGGGCUGGCAUCACGACGCCAACAGGGAGUAUCUAGCUCGGCGACAUGUAUCCGCUGUGCUGUACCUGAACAACCAGGGGCAGGAUUUCGACACGGGCGACUUCCGUUUCCAGGACGGCCCGGAACCCCUGCGAAUAGCGCCUCGCGCAGGUCGGCUGGUCGCGUAUACGGCAGAUCGCCGCAAUGUGCACUGCGUAGAGGAGGUGUCCCGCGGGGAGCGCUGCACCCUCAACUGCUGGUUCUCUUUGGAACCUCAGGCCGCGGAGGAUCCCCAGGUGGUUGCGGUGGAGAUGGAGGUGGAGGUGAUGAGGGAGCAGGGAGGGAAAACAGGCCGUGAAAUGAACCCUAAGCGGCGGCUGUGUGCGCGUGAACUGCACGUGUGGUGUUCAACAGGGCGCGAGUAUCAGGUACUGCAACAGCUGUGCCGCAACCACCCGCAGCUGCUACUGCCGCGGCAGCCGCGGAACAGGCCGCUACCGCCACCACCCGGUUCCGAGUCACCGCCGCCGCCGCCCUCACCCGCCAUCGCUACUACUGCAGCAGCGUCCAACGACGCCCCGCCUGUCCCCCUUUCCGUACGAGUGCUGGGGGGGACAUCAGCAGGUCCGCUGCACGACCUUCUGCCCCUGGGCAGCCAGGGUGCGGACCCCGCCAAUCCCGCGAUCCCAUCUGGGCCCGCACCCUUCGGCCCUGGGGCUGCUGAUGCGUUUGUAUCGGGAGGCGCUCUGGCAGUGCUGCCCGAGUGCUGGUGGCUGCGUUACCUGGGUCGGGGUCUGCCCACCACCAUGUACCAACAGUUGCGGGACGGGGGUGUAGAAGGAGGGGAGAAACGGAGGAAAACGGUGGCAGCGGGCGGCGAGGCGGCGGGGGGGGGUGCGGGGGGGGAUGCAGGAGGAGGGGGAACAGCACUCUCAGGAGGAGGAUGGGAAGGAGGAGGAGAAGGAGGAGGUGGGAGAAGGAACGCGGACUUUGCGGAAUCCACAGUAUAUGGAGGAGGAGGCGGGAGAGGUGACGGAUAUGGAGACCUCAGACGCGAGAGGCUAAGGCACCUCGGGCUGCAUGUGCUGAUGGCGCCCAGGCGAGGCUUUGAAAGGGGUGAGCAGCUGCUGGGAGAGAAGCGGACGGAGGAGAAGGGUGCCGAGCAGGUUGAGUGGCGGCUAGGGAAUGAUAGUGGCAGAGGAGUGGCGCCGCCGCUCCUGCUCUGGUUCCCAAGCCUCACAGCGGCACUCCUAGCAGCGCAGUUUGCGUGGUUCAGGACGGGUGCCGUACGGUUUCGGAGUGCCAAGCAGCUGCAAACAGCGUUACAAGGGCUGCCGGAGUAUGCCGAGCAGCGGAUGGAGGACCUGCGGGGAGGAUUACCGACGUGGCUUGACCUGGGGUCAAUGUUGUCGGAUGGGUGA